AUGCGAAGCCGCCUAAGCCUCCAUACUUGGGUUGAAUCCACGCCAACUGUAUUUGAACGCGGGCAAAAUGACCGGCGACAAAACCUCACGUGCAUGGCAAGUCUCCGUGUCCAAGACACGUUGUGUAGGAAUGGUUAUGAUGAAGAAAAGUGCCGCAACGUUCUUGUCAGAUAUUGUGCGCACAUUCCCCGCAACUAUCAAUAUUGUGACGGUGUCCAGCUAGUCUUCUUGAUUCUGCGUGAGCAUCUUGGAGACGAAAACCUAGAUCUUGCUGGUGGUGUGCUCUAUGAGUUAAUCGAAAUAGACUGUCACCAUUCAGAUGAUCCAGGUGCCGAGUUUCAACGAUGGAAACACGACCAUCUCAAUCGACAUUCCAAUUUCGAAUUACCUCAUAUACCUCACAUGUCUACAAUUACUACAUCAGUGCGACCGACACUCAGUCUCAUACAGUGGCGACAAAACCAUACAAACCGUUAUCCUACUAGAUUAUCGGAUCACCAUCUCACGCUUCGGACCAGCUCAAACGAACCAAGUUGUGUACGCAGUCGCAAAGCCUGGAUGAUCGAUCAUACUAUGUACGUUUCUACACGUGAGGGUGGUACAUGCGCUUUUCGCAGUCCAAACCCCAAAGAGAUGCAUGAAAUGCAAUGGGAUAUCGGAGUCGGCCAGGUAGGAAGAUUCCUCAAGGAGGAAGUCGUUCCGAUCGCAUCGUCAGCUCAGAGUGCGGGUCCAAGUACUCAUAACGACAUUGUGGACACCAACGUGAGCCAAUCCAGGGCUCUGAAGAUUGGAAAAUCAGGUGCUUUACGCAUUUUCAGAAGGCCUGUCGCUCUGAAGACGCCUAGUUUCGAAAGACGGUCGUCAGCUACCAGACAUUGUAGCUUAUUUGCUGACACACUGGAUCUCAACGCCAUCCUAUCAAGUCAGGACUCUGCCGAUCACGAGCCUGUUCCACUACCCAACGGCUGCAUAUCACCGCACGCCAUUUUUGCCAGGAAAUUCUCUUUAAUAUCCGACAGUGUGCCCUUACCACCGUCAUUAUCUCACAAACUUAUGCCCACGGCUGACAUAAAAGCGAAGAAGUUGUUGAUUGAAGCUGCAGAGAAAGGUCUCAUGGGCCCAUCCUAG